CUUAAAUAAAAACAAAACAAGAAAAUUGAAAAUAUCUGAAAAGGAAAACCUAUAAUAAGGGAUAAUAGUACUUUUGUUGAAAAUAGUUUAAUUUAACAGUUGCACUUUUUGUACAAUACACGAUGUCUUUCGCAUUGCAAAAUAGCUUAUAUCCUGCUAACCACAAAACAAUAUUCGUACUGGAUCACACUCCUUAUUUCGGCAUAUCUUGUGAAAACCCCAUCGAAUUCGAUUUUCUUAAAACUCGCGGACCGGGUUUCAUUCCCAUGACGCCUAUUUCAAAAACUCUAUGGACUUCCAGCGUCAUAUCGGCAAUAGAAUACUGCAGAAUAGUGUGGGAUUUAUUCCCGCAAGGAAAACUGGUCAGAUUUAUAGCCAGUGAUACGGUAGCACAUAUCUUGAAUACAUGGAGCCCUACUCAACAAAAUUUAACCCACAUAAUGAACGGAAUGUCUUUAAUAGGUAUCCCUCCGCCUCCUCCGCCUAUACGAUCAGUAAAUACCCAGCUCGAUCACACAGUUUUACACGGUCUUCGUGCAGCCAUUGAAGCUCUCAGCGAACCAACUGAUAUACAAAUGCAACAUACUAAAAACUCCCAAGACGGCCCUAAAAUAUUAAACAACACCAGAGUAAUUUGCAUAACAUCAGCAAGAGACAAUGAAAGCAUGAAACGCUUAGAAGACAUAUUCCUUACAGUAUUGAACCAACAAAACAAAAUAGCCAGUACAUCAGACAAAUUAUUACCCGUACACCACUGCCAUUUAGUCAUUAUAAACACCUUUCCCGUUAACAUAGAAUCGCAAGUUAACAACCAUCACCCCAAGCAUUUGUCCCAAAUUCUCACCACCGAAGUGCAUUCCAUUAAAGCGCCCCAAAUACCCCAUAAGCUCUCCUCUCUAAUCCUGGAACACUACGAUUUAGCCAGCACUACGGUUAUCGGUAUCCCUAUGAAAGAAGAGCAAAACGCCUCUUCUUCAGCCAAUUACGACGUAGAAAUUUUCCACGCAAGUUCCGCUCAUACAGCCAUCUUAAAAGGCAAUGCAUCAGACUCCGCAGCAAUUCGAACCAUAAAGGAUGGGAUGGAGUACGAAACGACUACUCUUAAAUGGUGUACUCCUAGGGGAGUAACGGGCUCCGAGCUGCAAAAUUGCACGUCCAUGCACAGGAUAACACCGGUCGAUGUAAACUCCAGGCCUUCGUUAUGUUUGAUCAACUUUUUGUUAAACGGUAGAUCAGUUAUGCUCGAAAUGCCUCGAAAGGCUGGCGGUAAGAUCACCAGCCACCUUCUAGCUGCACACGGAGGGGAAAUAUUUAUACAUACUUUAUGUACAGCUAGGUCCGUGUUAGAAGAUCCACCGUCGAUAUCGGAAGGCUGUGGAGGCAGAGUAACCGAUUAUCGUAUCACAGACUUCGGUUUACUGAUAAAACAGAACACUCUAUUACCAAUAAAAACCAAACCAAGUAAAGAAGAAACCGAAGAACCGAUAGAAAAAAUGAAGACUAGGCUGAACAGAUUAACUCGAUAUUGGCCUUUGACUAUUAGUUCAACGUUAAUAUUCAAUUUAAAAAACUAUUUCGAUCCUCUACCAACGCUAAUAACGAAAGACAAGCUAACAGACGAAGAAGUGUUCCAAUGCAAGAAGGUAAUUUACAAUUUAAUAUCGCUCGAGUCCAAAAUGGAGCCCCUUCAUCCCGCGAACACCGGCCAGCGAGUAAAAGGCCAGAAACGCGAGGAGCAAUACAAAGCGAUGUGGAACGAACUGGAGACGUUAGUGAAAAAUAAUCUCCACUCCGAAAACCACAGGAGCAUCUACACCUGCCUGUUGGAAUGCCACAAAUUCAAUUUCGAAGACGACAAAAUUUCCGAUAAAGUCGAAUUAGACGAGGCUCUACAUCAACUCGAUAACAUCGGGCCGGGUAAACCGGAUCAAGAGAUCCCCAGGGCUUCGGUGAUUCGAGCCACGACCGAUUCCCCCAUGUCUCCGCCGCCUCUGACUAGUAUAGCCCCGCCGCUGUCUCGAACGUUGACGAACAGAGGCGGCGGUAUUUACAAUACGCAGAGAACGCUGUUGGAAAUAUUCACGUUGCAGGAAAAAGUGAAAUCUCGAACGGAAUUCGUGGGCCGGCAGACGGACAGUUUAACGUACAAGUUGUAUUCGAAUUUGAAAACGGAAGAUCGGGGCCCGAGAGAAAUGGAAAUCGAGUGAUUUUUAUAUUUUAUAGUUAAAUAUAAUGUUUUAUGUAAAUUA